AUGGAAUUAAGUGAAUCGACAAAGAAAGCACUAAAGGCUAUUCCACUGAUGAGGACGAAAGCAGGACCGCGGGAUGGUGAUUCAUGGGUUCAGAGGUUAAAGGAAGAAUACGAAGCUCUGAUAGCUUUUAUCAAUAACAACAAGGCUGCAGAUUUGGAUUGGUUUCGUUUAGAAAGUAAUGGCGAUGGAACAAGAUGGUUCGGUAAAUGCUGGCAUUAUCAUAAUAUGCUCAGAUAUGAAUUCGAUGUUGAAUUUGACAUUCCCGUAACUUAUCCUACUACUGCACCGGAAAUUGCAUUGCCCGAACUGGACGGCAAAACUGCAAAAAUGUACAGAGGAGGACGGAUUUGUCUAUCGGAUCACUUCAAACCUUUGUGGGCUCGCAAUGUACCGAAAUUCGGAAUUGCACAAGCGUUUUCAUUAGGACUGGGACCCUGGUUAGCAGUGGAAGUUCCAGAUCUGGUUGAUCGUGGCAUGAUACAGCCAAAAACUGCGUAA